AUGCAGUGUGAUAUUUGUUAUCGAACCGGCGGAUACAAGCUACCAUUCCUAUGUCCCGUCGAUGCCCGAAAUGAACUUUACCCGGCCCGUAUUCGAAAUGCUCAAAUUCUACUUGAGAACGAUUCACUCCAACAAGAGAUCAACGAUCUUGUUUCAAAGCCGCAGGGAGAUGGAUCUAAGACUACACCACAUAAACCUGUAUCUCGUUACGACAUAGAUUCGGCAUCUAGUGAUAGACUUAUAGCUGUGGACCGGACGGAGCAGAUCAUCAUAAAGGCGGACGAACUCAGAGCCAAGAUUGAGAAAGCAAGAGAGGAGGUGGCUAAGAAGAAGGCCAGCAUUGCUCGAAGGAAGUCCGAGUUGGCUUCGGCGACAAAUGGUAUUGAAGCGCGGAGAAGCAGGCAAAUAGAGGAGGUUGAAAAGUCCAUUCGAAUGACCAAGUACAAAUGGAACAAAUUGCAAGGCACAUUCGCCUCUUCAAGAACCUAUCUUUGCGGGGAGGCUGCGAAGUUAUACGGAUUAAGGCGAAGAAGAAGUGCUGGUCAAGAAGAGUACCAGAUAGGAAGAGUUGGAAUCGUAGAUUUGAGAGCAUUGAAUAGCAAGUUCAUCCUACCAACUGCGAGUCCUGCCCAGAUAUCAACUGCGCUGUCUCAUGUUGUACACUUGCUGAUGCUAUGUAUGCAUUAUCUCGCCAUCCGGUUACCUGCUGAAAUCAUACUUCCACAGCCAGAACAGCCUUUGCCGACUAUUUACCCAUUACUCGCUUCCUACGUCCAUAGACCUCAGACUUCUAGUAAUACAAGCGGGCAAAAUUCUAGUAGUUUAACGGGUUCUCGACAUGAGCAGCCCACGCAGCCUCGCGCAAGACCUCUUCACAUAACCAAGCCUCUCCCAAUCCUUUACAAUGAGGACCCAGUCGCUUAUUCCCUCUUCAUUGAAGGGGUUGUACUUCUUGCCUAUAAUAUAGCGUGGGUGUGCAGAAGUCAAGGGGCUGACAUUGGUGAAGAGGGGAAUCUCGACGACGUUUGCGAUAUUGGGAAAAACCUCUACGCUCUUUUGUUGGCCCCAAAACCACGUUCUCAACCAAGCAGUCGUGUCUCUUCCAACAAUUCCACACCCUCCAAGACCUCGAAUAGAACAACCGACAAUGAAGAAAAGAAAUUUGCAACAGAACCUCUCAUGGGGCGUUACUCUCACGGAACGACAACGAACUCUCUCAAUAGUGCUGAAGGGACCGAAUUCAUCAAGAGCUGGAAACUCACUUCACCCCGCCACUUGACGGACACGUUGAAAGCGUUGCUAACAAACGAAGUUGCCAAUAAGGAAUGGGAAAUCGUAGACGAGAACGCUUGGCGAGUUAAUGAUGAGCUGGGCGUUGAUGGGGUGGUCAUUGGGGCUACGAAGGAGGGGAGUAAUAUGCCAGCACACUUGGCAAUGCAGCAAAGUUUCAUGAGUUGUAGGACUGUGGUUGAUGCUGUUGAAGUGGGUGGCCGUGUAGAUGAACCUAAGAUUCCUGGGACAAGUGGGUGGACGAAGUUGAAACCGAGAUGA